CGCUUCAGAAGAGAGAAACCAAACCAGACGAGAGCCGGAACCGGAAGUGGUGCUCCUGGUAGCUAUGGCGGCGCACUUAGCAACGCGGCUCUAAGAAGAAGAGGCUCGCUUGUGAGGGGAACUGGUGGGAAGGCGGAAGCGAGGGCGCGGAGGGAUGGCGGAGAAGUUCGACUCCCUGGAGGAGCACCUGGAGAAGUUCGUGGAGAACAUCCGGCAGCUCGGCAUCAUCGUCAGCGACUUCCAGCCCAGCAGCCAGGCGGGCCUCAACCAGAAGCUGAAUUUCAUGGUUACAGGCUUACAAGAUAUUGACAAGUGCCGACAGCAGCUUCAUGAAAUCAGUGUGCCUUUAGAAGUCUUUGAAUAUAUAGAUCAAGGCCGCAAUCCUCAGCUUUAUACUAAAGAGUGCUUGGAAAGGGCUCUCGCUAAAAAUGAGCAAGUAAAAGGCAAAAUAGAUACAAUGAAGAAAUUCAAAAGCCUAUUGAUUCAAGAGCUAACGAAAGUGUUCCCAGAGGAUAUGGCUAAAUAUAAAGCUAUUCGGGGUGAAGAUCCUUCUCCUUAAUUACAUUAUUUGUGUCCUGCCUCUUUCUCCAAACACUGCCAGUGGGCUAUUGUGACAGCAUUUGACUUCAUCUUGGGGAAUUAAGACAUUGUAUCCAAUUGAGGUAUUAUUACCUACUGUUUUUCUUGACCAGAAUGGAAGCCGAUUCUCCUGUGCUAUAUGUGAGGCCAUUAAAGGUUCUUUGGCACUUUCAGUAAGAAGCUAAUCUUCCCUUUGAUGUGACUUCAAGCCCAUCUGUGAGCCAGAAGCCAGCAGCUAUGCUUUUUGUAAAAUGCUGUUUAAAUUAUUCAGCUUCUUUGUCUCAUGCAAAGUACGGUGGGGUCAGGGAGGUGACUUCUGCUGAGGCGCUGCAAUGUACAAAAUGAAGUAAAAUAAAGAUGUUGUCUUUCUUUGAGUAAA